AGCUAGCACAGCCAGAGCAAAAGCAGGAGGCACACCAAGGCGCAGCACAGGAGCGGCAAGAGAGAGAGAGUCCUUAGCCUGCAACUGACCACGAGAGCUAAAUCGAGCCCGAGCCUGAGCCAGAGCCUGUGCCUGAAUUCCUGAAUCCUGAAUCUAGAGCCCAAAAUACAAAGCUCUGGCAGUUACUGUUAAUUUCAAGCGUUACCUAUGUUUCGUAGCUUGUUGUUGUUGUUUUUUUUGUUUGUUUAAAAAAGAACACACGCUUUGAUACAUAAGAAAUAAGAGAAAAUAGUGGUAAUUUGGCAAGUGAAAAGCAAGAGAAGGAGAGAGUGAACAAUGUCAAGCAGAAUGCAAGGGAAAGCAACGUUGAUUAACUGAAAUAAGCAACAAUAAUUAGUGGACUAAGAGCAUACACAAUCCAACUCCAGGAUGUCGGACCAACAGAAAGCCUCCCUGUGUCCCCGGCUGGUGGACUACAUGGCCAUUGUGGGUGCCCAUACGACGCCGCCGAUGCCAAAGGGGCUGCAGGGCCUCAAGGCCCCGCCCGUGCAGGUGCCGGAUCUGCUACGUCGCUACCCGCCCUCGGACCAUGCCGACUUCCCGCUGCCCCUGGACAUGGUCUACUUUUGCCAGCCGGAGGGCUGCACCAGCGUUGGACCGCGACGCACUGGCUCCGCCAUCCGAGACAUGACCUCCUUUGUGUUUGCCCUGACGGACAAGGACUCGGGAAAGACACGGUAUGGCAUCUGUGUAAACUUCUAUCGACCCAUCGAGCGUCCCAGCACGGUGGCAGCGGGCGCUGGUGGUGAUCGAGCCGGCAAUGGUGGACCUGGUGGUCAUGGUGGAGCCGGUGGUGCGGGCGCUGGUGGCGGCGCCGGCGGCGGUGGACGCGGUGGCCGGCGGUCCUCGGCCUUUCGGCGCGAAUCGUGGCGAAAGAGCAUGGAGCGCAGCUCCGACUCGGCAUUUAGCAGCGACUACAGAAGUAACGUAGCGCCCAGCGAUUCGGACCGUGAACUCACCUCUCGCCGGGAUUCCGACCAGCAGCGCCUCCACUCGCAUCAGUCGCAGUCCCACCACUCGCAGCAGUCCCAAUCCCAGUCGCAGUCGCAUCAUCCGUCGGCGGCGGCAGUGCCGAAACUGGGCCUAAUGGCCCCAUCCGCAGACUCCGAGUCCGGUGGCAGUCAUUCGCCAUCGCCGCGCGCCUCGCGGAAGCGGACGAAGCUGCGCAACCAGUCGCUGACCUCGCUGUGCAUCAUCUCGCAUCACCCGUUCUUUACCACCUUCCGCGAGUGCCUCUUCAUCCUGAAGAAGCUGAUCGAUGCCUGCAACGAGUCCUCGUCACCCAAGCGAGUGGGUGCCUCGCAGAAGGUCAACAGGGACAAUGUGUGGACGGUGCUGACGGGACAUGCCAGCGAGGCGACGCCCUCGAUCGUUCUGCAUGAUGUGCGGGAGAUUGAGACGUGGAUAUUGAGGCUUCUGUCCACGCCGGUGCCAGUGCCGGGGUCCACGCGAGUCGAGGUGGAGGUGCUCUCACCGACGGUGCACGAACCCCUGCUGUUCGCCCUGCCCGACCACACUCGAUUCUCGCUGGUGGACUUCCCCCUCCAUUUGCCUUUGGAGCUGCUCGGCGUGGAGACCUGCCUGAAGGUCUGGACACUGAUCAUGCAGGAGAACAAGGUACUGUUCCAGUCGCGUGACUAUAAUGCCCUCUCCAUGUCGGUGAUGGCCUUUGUCACGAUGCUAUAUCCGUUGGAAUACAUGUUCCCGGUGAUACCGCUGCUGCCCACCUGUCUCAGCUGUGCAGAGCAGCUGCUCCUGGCGCCCACGCCCUUUGUGAUAGGUGUGCCAGCCUCGUUCCUGGUCUACAAGAAGAAUUUCCGCUUACCUGAUGACAUUUGGGUUGUGGACUUGGACUCCACCAAACUGACGCCGCCAACGGGUGGCUACGAGGAAAUACCACCGCUACCUGAGCCCGAGGGCACCAUCCUGAAGAAUCACCUCAAGCAGGCAAUGCUAUUGAUGGACGAAGCUGGACUUGGUGCUCUUACCUCGAUGACGGCCACCAAUCAGGCGGUGUCCUCGCAACAGCUUUUACCUUCGGUGAGGGACAGUCUCCAGGAGCCACCGCUGCUGGGGGUAUCCCAAGUGCGACUUCCUCUGCAAACGCCACCGCACUCGGCCCAGGCUAGCCAACGGAACUCCGUGUCCAACCAGGGCGCCCUGAACUCCCGUCAGCCCAGUCCCAUGAACUCGCCGGCCCUCAAUCCCUUUGUCUAUGGCACCGAUGUGGACUCUGUGGACGUGGCCACCAGGGUGGCCAUGGUGCGCUUUUUCAACGCCCAGAAUACGCUGGCCAAUUUCGCGGAACACACCCGGACACUGCGUCUGUAUCCGCGUCCCGUGGUGGCCUUCCAGAUCAACAGUUUCCUCAGGUCCCGGCCACGGGCCUCGGUGUUCCUGAAUCAAUUCGCCCGGACCCAAGCGGUGGAGUUCCUGGCGGAAUGGUCGCUGACGCCCACAAAUGUGGCCUUUCUACGUGUCCAGACUGGCGUGAUGGACCCGAUGCAGGUGGGGGACAAGCCCAAAUGGUUUGCCCAUGCCCUGACACCCAUUAGGUUUUCGGUUUGGGACGAUGGCAGCUCCCUGAACGGUGCCCUGCGCUCGCUGAAGCAACUGGAGUGCCAGCCGACGGACGAGAGCGGCUCGGACUCGGAGGGAGCGGACAGCAGCAGCUCCUCGUACAGCUCCCUGAGUGACUUUGUCUCGGAGAUGGCCUCCUCGGAUCUGUCGCCCAGCCUCCAUGACGUUUUUGGCUCUUACAAUCGGCCGCAUGUGGUGCCGCAGACGCUGUCCUCGAAUCUGGAUCCGGCUUUGGUGUAUCAUCCGCCCAGCAAGCUGCAGUAUCCCGAGGGCACGGCCGAUGCGGCGGCGGCCAUCAAAGCUCAGGAAGAGGAGGAUGAUGAGGAUAGGGCGGAUAGUCCGGUGUCCUCGUCCUCCAGUCGCUCGGAUCUCAGUUCGCCCAGCUUCAAUCGCGACUCGGAGUUUGAUUUCCAGCCAAAGGGACAGGCGGGUUCGGUGGGUGCGGGAGGUGCAGGGGUAUCUGGCCCCAGCUUCGAGCUGGCCACACCCUUGGCCAUGCGUCUGGAGGCUACCAUUAAGAUGGCCAGUAUCGAGCAGGAGCCGGACACGGUCAGCAGCAGCAGCGGCAAGCCGAUGACAAAGCUGCAGCGUCAUCCCAGUGACUCGGAGCGGCAUGAGAAGAAGAUUCCGCCACCACUGACGCCUCCCGUCAAGCAGCCCAGUGUGAGCAACAUCCUGGCCAGGACGGGCAGCUCUGGCUCCAGCUCGAGCAGUCCGGGUCGCCAGAGCUCGCAGAGCUCUCUGUUCGAGAAUUUUGCCUCGCACGCCAAGGAAUUGGUGCGGGAGACCACCAGGCAGAGCAGCCAGGAGGGUCUGCUGGCCCACGUGGACAAGCAUGCGCUGGACGAAGAUCUUGACGACAAAAUGCGUCAUACCUUCGAAAAGUUCACGCUGCACGCCAAGAAGGCAGCGGGCGAGGCCUCCAAGCAGGCUUUGGAGGUGUCCAAACAGGCGGCCGGGGUGAGCAAGAAUACCCUUGAGGAUCUCACCUAUGUGGGCAAGUCGACGCUGGGCGAUCUGACCAAGACGGCCAAGGAGGCGGCCACCAAAAAGGGCAUCAUCAAGAUUGAAGAGCAUCCCGGCGGAGGAGAUCCCAUGGCGGCGGUCUCCAUGGCACCGCCAAAGGUGCCUGGCUCCCAGCUGGCCACACAGAAGCAAGUGCAGCAGAGUGGCGGUUCGGGCGGUGGCGGUGGCAAUAAUUUCUUCUCCUCCAUUGGCACCGAUUUCAAUGGCCUGGCCUCGUCCACAUCCACCAUGUUCUCGGGCAUGUUUGGGAAAAAAAACCAGCAGAAGCAGGCUCCUGUGCCCCACAAGCCGGCCGCCAGUGUUGGUGGCUCUGUAAAAAGCAAGACCGGCAUCAACUUUGACCCAUUUCCCGGCCGCAAAGGACUCGUGGAGCGAACGCCUCUGAUCAAGCACUCGGGUCCCAGGCAGACACAGGAGGAGCUCACCCGCCAGCAGAACCAAGAGCGUUCGCACAGCAAUGCCGAGAACCAGGCCUUCCUCAAGGAUGUGACCAAUCAGGUGCUGGCCGGCGAGGGCGUUGGCUGGCUGAAGCUCAAUCGGUUUAAGAAGCUCAUGGAGGACGAGUCCUAUCGCACCCUGGUGCUCAGCAAGCUCAAUAAGACGCUGGACAAGAAGAUAGCCCCAGAUGAUCACAUAGACGAUGUGUGCGUGACAAAGCCCGUGUGGAAGGGCAUGCUCAAGUGCGUCCAGGCCAUUGCCGGCGGCUUGGAUGUGACCUUUGGUAACUUUGGCCUGGGCGGCAUGGCCUCCGUGUUCCAGCUGAUGGAGGUGGCGCACACCCAUUAUUGGAGCAAGGAGAUCCACGAGGGCAGCGACAUGUCCUCCAGCCUGCUUUCCAGCCAUGCGGCCAGUCCCAUGGGCAGCCGGGAGAACCUACGCUCGCCCAGCUCACCCAAUGGCUCGCACUCGGGCCUGGGCAGUGAAUGGGCAUCGCCGCAGGAGUCCCGCAAGAGCUCAACCGCCCAUCCGAUGCCUGCGUCUGGAGGUGCCCCACCAAAUCGAAGGCUCUCGUCGACGGACAGCCAGGAUGGCCAGUCGACCACGGAGAUGUUCAAGGAUAUGCUGUCGCAGAAGAGAAGUGCCUUGAAGAAUAUGCUCACCUCGUUCGAUUCGGAUGCUGCCGGCUCCACGGGCGCUCUCUCCGUGGUCAGUCUGGGCGUUGUUCGCUUGCCCUCCAGCUGCCGGUCCACAGUCUCGGACACGGAGUACGAAAAUACGACCACCUCAAAGGACUCAAAGAAGAGCACUGGCAACUUGUGGUCCGGCAAGUCGACGCUGAGUGCCGGCUUUCGGUACACCGGCGGACACCUGAUCAACACCUCAUCCUCGCCGUCGCCGGACAGUCCGCGGGUGUAUCUGUUCGAGGGCUUGCUGGGCAAGGAUCGCCUGAAUCUGUGGAACCAAAUGCAGUUCUGGGAGGAUGCCUUCCUCGAUGCUGUCAGCCAGGAGCGGGAUAUGAUUGGCAUGGAUCAGGGUCCCAUUGAGAUGAUGGAGCGCUACAAGUCACUGAGCGAAUCGGAAAGAAAGCGGCUCGAGCACGACGAGGAUCGACUGCUCUCCACGAUGCUGUACAACCUGACCGCCAUCCUGGUGAUGCUGAAUGUCACCAAGGACGAGAUCCGGCGCAAGAUUCGCCGCCUGCUCGGCAAGAGCCACAUCGGACUCGUUUACUCCCAGGAGGUGCACAAUGUGGUCGAUCAGAUCAAUAAUCUGAACGGCAACGAUAUUGAUCUGAAGCCACUUGGCUCCCGGCUGCUGCACCGCCAGAGCUUCACCGUUCACCAGGGCACCGAUGUCAAUGGUCCGCUGCGUUUCAUGGAGGUGCGGGACGAUGGACUGGUCCUGCGAUCCGUCGACGGGACCAUUGUGGAGCGCUGGUGGUACGAGCGGCUGGUCAACAUGACCUACUCGCCCAAGACCAAGCUGCUCUGCCUGUGGCGCCGCAACGGCGGACAGACCCAGUUGCACAAGUACUACACAAGGAAGUGCAAGGAACUGUACAACUGCAUCAAGGAGGCCAUGGAGCGCGGCGGCACGCCCACCAAUGUGCCCGAGUUGGGGGGCGAGUUCCCUGUCCAGGACAUGAACACGGGCGAGGGCGGCCUGCUGCAGGUGUGCCUCGAGGGUGUCGGUUUGUUGUUCUCCAACAGCAAGGAUUUCGAGUUCUUCGUACGCUUGGACCACAUCCGCAAGUGUUUCACCCAGAAGGGCGGCAUCUUUGUGCUGGAGGAGUACAAUCCCAAGACCCGGAAUCUCAUCCAGCGCAAGUACCAGUCGAGCAUGUCCGAUCAGAUUUGCUACUCGGUGCUGUGCGUAUUCUCCUACGUGGCCGCUGGCCAGGAUCAGAAGAAAAAUCCGGUGGUCAUCACGCCGCAGAUCCAGGACAUUCAUGCCCAGCAGAAGCAGAAGCACCAACAGCAACAGCAGCAACAGCAGAAGGAACAGCAGAGGGAUCAGCAGAAGGAGCCAAGGGAGACGCCUCAUCCCACGCAGCAGCAACAGCAGCCAGCACCUGUUCCUUCUCCCGCUCCAGCUCCUGCCCGGAUGAGCGGCAAGGGCCAGGCGGGCAGCAUCUCCAUCCGCCACACGGUGCCCAUGCAGAAGCCCACCAUAACCAUGUCCACGGUGCAGCCCCAGGCCAGGAUGCCAGUCCAUGUGACGCCGGCCCCGGCUUCUCCUACGCCUGUAACUGCUCCUGCACCUGCUGCUACUUCGACUUCCGUUUCCGUUUCUGUUCCCGCUUCCGGAAAACUGCCGCAGCUGCCGCCACGCGUACCCUCUCAACCUUCCACGGAGAGCCUGGCCUCGAUCAGUUCACCGCCGCCAAAGGUACGCAGCGGACCGCCGCCUGGUCCGCCGCCGGCCAUACCGCCACGCACGGGAGCCAUUGCCAGGAGCGGCUCGGUGCCGGCGGCCCGAUCCUUUGUGCGCCAGGCAUCGGCCAACUCCACGCCGCCACAAUAUACGCCGCAGCCGCCGCCACCGUUUGUGAUACCCAAGCGGCACAGUGGCCUGGCCAGAGCCUCCACUUUGACGGCAGCGACCACCGCCUCCAGUCAUCUGCCAAGUCAUCCCAGUCAUCCCAGUCAUGCCAGUCAUGCCGCCGGCAGUCAUCCGCAGUCGCAGCAGCGCGCCAGCCAUGGCAGCGUCGCCGCUGUGCUGCAGUCCAUGCCGGAGGCUGAGCCUGGCUAUGGAUCCGGGUCCGGUUCUCUUUCCGGCUCCAGUUCCGGCUCCGGAUCGGCAUCGGGCUCCAUUGCCAGCGCUUCACCGCAGGCCCAUCGCAAGCACUGACGAAGGAGUUCGUUCUUCAAGUUUGGCGGCGGAGGAGGAGGAGGUGGUGGCGGUGAAGGUGGCACUGGUGCUCCAGCGGAUAUCGGCGGCGGCGGUGGCGGUCAGAUGGGCGAGGAGCCACAUCCCCAUCCGCAUCGGCGCGAUGUAUGCCGCACCAUUUGCAUUCCAUGGCUGUGAUCCCGGAGGAGCAGCCUCGGAGGAGCAGCCAGUGCGUUUCGUUCGAGUUAAGUUAAGGAUCCUAGGAGCCACUAGGCGGGGCUUUUCGGGCUAAAGUCCCCUUUAUUACGUUUAUACAGUGCAAAAAAAUUGUAUUUUUAAUUACUUUUGUUUGCUUAAAUAUUGUUUAUAAUUUUUUUUAAGCAUUUUUGACUUGCUAAAAAUAUUUAAAUUAAUUUGUAGAAAAAAACUAAAACCUAAAACCUCAACAAACUAUUUCAAAGCCAUGUGAAAUAGUCAAAAAAAACUCUAGAGAUUUUUAAAUAAUUUUAUAAGGUAAUUGUUUAUAAACUAAAUAAAUUUUAAACAUUAUUUUGUAAGUAGAAAAUAUAGAAAAAAACAAAAACUGAAUAAUAAACGUAGCAAAGAAACCCCCCAAAAUUAAAGCCAAACUCACAGUAUUUCCUCACCUUUAAAGGGGAAAAGCCCCCCCGAAAGCCCCGCUUUAUGUGCCCAGUUAUGCUCUAUAUAUAUAAAUGUAUAUA